GUCAUGACCAAGUAUAAAUUCGAUUCCGUUCUGUAAUAUCAUUGUUUUCGUGGGUUCGGUAGCCGUCAACAUGAAGCCAGUUCCAGCCAUUUCUCUGUUUCUCGCCUUCUCCUCUGCCGCUGUUGUCCAACCUCGGAGGGUGUCUUAUGAUGGAUACAAGGUGUUGCGUCUCGCUGUUGGUGAGGAGGCCGAAAAACUCAAUGGCAUUGUCUCCAGGUUGAAUCUGCCGACUUGGAAGGGGGCGCCCAGAGCCGGCGCGUUUGCUGAUAUUGUCGUUCCACCGGCGCAGUUCGAAGAAUUCUCGAAGGUAGUUGUCGGCAUGGAUGCUAUUGUAAUGCACGAGGAUCUCGGCGCUUCUAUCGCAGCGGAAUCGGCGUUCAAUUUCUAUGCCGCCGGCUCUGCCAACCAGACAUGGUUCAACUCAUACCACUCUUACAGUGACCAUCUGCAAUUUCUGAACGACCUACAACAGCAAUACCCUUCCAACUCGGAGAUUGUCACAGCCGGAAAUUCGCUGAAUGGAAAUGCGAUUACCGGUAUCCAUCUCUUCGGCAGCUCUGGCAAGGGUGUCAAGCCAGCAGUUGUGUUCCACGGGACCGUCCAUGCCCGGGAGUGGAUCGCAACCAUGGUGGUGGAAUAUCUCGGAUUCAAUCUCCUCACAAAUUAUAAUUCAUCCGACGAGAUCCAGGGCUUCAUGGACAAAUACGACUUCUACGCCUUUCCCGUCGUCAACCCGGAUGGCUUCAUUUACACCCAGACGACGGACCGACUGUGGCGCAAAAACCGCCAGGCCAACACGGGCAGCUCGUGCACCGGUCGCGAUAUCAACCGCAACUGGCCGUACCAGUGGUCCGUUCCAGGGGGCGCCUCGACCAACCCUUGUGCCGAAGAUUACAAGGGCAAGGAUCAAUCGGACGCCCCGGAAACCACCGCGCUCUCAUCAUGGUUGCAGAAGACAAAGGACGCGCAGGGCCUCAAGCUCUACAUCGACUACCACUCCUAUUCCCAGCUAUUCAUGACCCCAUACGGUUACUCCUGCACCGCCCUCGCAACCAACAACGACGAGCUGCAAUCCCUAGCCGCGGGGGCCGUGGCGGCGAUCCGGGCCGUGCACGGCGUGCGGUUCGACUACGGGCCCAUCUGCUCGACCAUCUACCAGGCGACGGGCAGCAGCGUCGACUACGCGGCCGACGUCGUCGGCGCCGACUACACCUUCACCUCGGAGCUGCGCGACACGGGCGCCUACGGCUUCGUCCUGCCCGCCGCGCAGAUCCUGCCGAGCGGGGAGGAGGCGUUUGCGGGGGUUGGGUAUCUGCUGGCGAAUAUGAAGUGA